AAGACCAACAAAAUAAUGAGCAGAUUAUUGGAACUUUCUCGUAGGGUUACUCCCGCUUCUCUUCUCAAACCCACCCUUCCUCCACCCAUUUCCACCACCUCUUCCUCCACCGUGCUCCAUCACCGGAGCGCGAAUCUUCUCUCCCAUUACGGACUUGCAAUCGGAUCUAUGGACUCAAAACCCUCGCAAAGCCCUAACAUUUUGCCCAGAAAUGCCGGAAAAAUUCGACUUUAUUCUUCAACAUCGGAAUACUCUGGUUCAAAGCACAGUGCUUACAUGAAUCAAUUAUAUCCAAUGUCAAAUUCAAGCUUCAAAUUAAGCAGCGGAAAUUCAUUGCAAGCGAAUAUCGUUCGACUAAGCGAGGAAGUAUUUUUGGUUGAUUCCGGAAUAGGAACCCCUAGAAUUUGCCUACAAGACGAGCUAAUCGGGGUGAAAAACAAGGAGAAAAUAAGAUUCGAAAACCGGGUCGGAUUCCUGGACUUAGUCACGGGUGAAUCCCAUAUAAACAAGCAGAUUCUAGAGAGGUUUUUCAUCGAUUUAGUAGCUGGAGAUUCAACGGCGAAAGAGCGCGCAACGGAGAGGUUUAACGAUUUGGUUGGGGGGUCGGCGGAUGUGAAUGCUGUUGCUGCAGGUGAACCACUGCUUGUUCUUCCAAGAAGAUACCGGCAGAAGCGUGCUUGGAUGGAGUUGAAGAAUAAAUACCGGUCGAAUUUGAAGGUGAAAGGUUUUAUUGUGGGGAAAGUGAGAGGAGGUUAUUCGGUUGCUAUUGCUGGGUUUGUUGCAUUUCUUCCAUUUCGUUCUAGUCAAAUAAGUUUGACAAAUGAUCUUUUUCUUAUUGAGAAAAUUAACCACAAAACUGGGAAUAUUAUGGUCAGUGUAACUUGAACAACAGCAACAAUCAAGAGGUGAGAAUCCACAUUUUGUCACACUAAUUGGCCCGCGUUGGGAGACGAAUAGGGGUCUACUCUCACCAAUGACUUGUCGUGCUUCGCUUGACCAUGCCUAGGACUGAAUCACGACCUGCCGUACUUGCAUGGUUGUCUCUUGAUUCCUUUUUGUGCUCCUUUGCCUAGUGGUUAAUUGCUAGUGUAGUUUCGUAGUUCUGGUUUAAUAAGUUCCACCUCAUUUAGCAUUUGUAGUGUCUCAAGUUUUUCCGUCCUUGUGAAUUUCGAUCCUAGCUUGUCACUGUACUAGCUGUAGAGGUAGAUAAGGUUAUUUUUGAUAGGGUUAGGUGCGACACUAACUUGAUUAUUAUCAACCCAAUUGGAAAGGGAGGUAUUUCUCUAUGGGAUAGUGUGAGUUCUGACUGGAAUGUAUUGGUUGGCUGUAUUGAUUUUCUUGUCUUCUGUAAUUUUGUGAUGCAUUGAAAAUGCUCCCCAUUUUUACUAUUUCAGUCAUGGUUUGUCAUAAUAGCUCAUGAAAUCAUUCUAUUUAAAACAA